AUGCUAUCGGUUCUAAGGAAGGCCAGGCUAAAGGACAAAGAGAUGAGGGUGUUGAUGCUAGGACUCGACAACGCCGGAAAGACAACGAUUGUAAAGAGCAUCAUGGGCGAAGAUAUCACCACGGUGAGCCCUACGCUGGGGGAUGUUGGUGGUCAAAAGACACUGCGGUCCUACUGGAGGAACUACUUUGAAAAGACAGAUACAUUGAUAUGGAUUGUGGACGCCACGGAUCGGUUUCGACUUGAUGACUGUCGACAGGAGCUUGCUGGCCUCCUCGUCGAAGAGCGGCUGAUGGGAGCGAGUCUGCUCGUCUUCCUCAACAAGACCGACGUUGGUGGCUGCAUGACUGAAGAUGAAGUCCGGAAGGGACUACAACUCGACGCCAUCAAGACACACAAGUGGACGAUUAUCCCCUGCAGCGCGGUGACGGGGCUGAACCUGACCAAGGGGCUCUCGUGGGUGGUGCAAGACGCAAAGGACCGGCUCUUCCUCUACUGA